AGGACAACUCUUAAUCCCACUUGCUUACAGUCUGUUUAAUUAAUUUGCUUUCAAAGAUUUUGAGCUAACUAGGGUUGAAAUGCGUUGAGUAUGCGUGUAUAUACAGUAUGAGUAUACUUGUACACAGCCAUCUGAAAUGGACCACACCUAAAAACCAUUACUAUUUUACUAUUAUGACAUAUUACUCUAGUACAUGUAGUCAGUCUGCGCAAACUACAUGUACACGUAUGGUAGGGCUAGUACUGUACAGCAUACACUGUAGUUUUGAGAUGUCCCGUCAGUAAAUGUUCCCGUAUGUGAAAGUCGACGUUUUCCGUUUUUUUCAUUCGGUUGUAUGAUGACAUCAACAGGCACAUGUUAUUGUACGUAUUGCAUCAGCUUUCUUUUCUAAGACAGGCGUGUGAGAGAGCCGCCGCCCACUUUGGUCUGGUUCCGAAUGCCGUCGUCGCUGGAGGCCACGGUGCUGCCACGUACUAUGAGAAUACGGUUCGUAGAGGAGAGAGUCGGCCAUGUCACGUGAGAGUCUACAUCCUGGGCCACGAACGAGUCGGUAAAACAAGCCUCUACCGCAAUCUGACUGGACAGGAGUUCCGUCGCAAUGAACAGAAAACGGCGGGCGCAGCGAUGUGUGACGUCAAAGCGCACGUGGUCAGGGACAACUGGAAGGUGCUCAAUGAAUUGCCAUCAAAUUUCAAACGCGUGGUGGUUCGUCAAGUAGUCGAGCAGCUGGGUACGUUUUCUGCAAGUGACGUCGCCGCGCUUCUGGUCGUCCUGCUUGCUCUUUUGACUGUUGGAGCGGCUAUUUGUUGUUUGAUGCCAACACGAGUGCUCCUAGUUAUAUCGGUAUUCCUCUUGGCGACGCUUCUUGUUGGAUGGGGAAUGGCGUUAGCCCUUGGAGCUGGCAUCUGGUUCAGUAUACUGUGGACUGAGAUAUUUGUUAUAGCGUUAGCUGAUUAUUCGUUUGACAUUGUAUGGUAUGAACCUCUUGUGGUUGGCCUGUUUGCUAUUGAGGUGAUGGGUUGCAUCACUGGAGUUGUGCUAGGAGCCAACUUUGCACUGGGGAUUUUGUUGACUUGUUGUGUGUUUGGGUUGUCACCUGGAUGUCUAGUUGAGGCAGGUUGCUUUGAGAGUAAAGGCCUGGAGUAUUUCAGCACCGUUACCAUUCAGUUUGCAGGUGGAGUUAGUGGUGUAGCUAUUGCUGUGUUGUUGCCAGCAUUCACCAUUACAAAAUGCUUAGUUCAACUUAUGAUUCUUCCAUUUAUUACUGCAGGGUGCAUCAUCGUCUUUAGCAACAUGAUUAUAUCAACGUAUUAUCCAGCACUGCCACGUGUUUGUUUUCUGUUAGUUGGUGGACUGCUAUAUGGCAAUGGCCUUAGGAAUAGUCUUGCUCCUGGACGAUACUUCUCCAUGCUUUUUGCAAAGCUGAUGGGCACGUGGAAGAAGUCAAGGUAUAUGAAGACUCGUGUGGCAGCCCUUUUUGUGGGGAUGAUUUUGGGUAUUUUCAUAGUUCACACAGCGAGCUAUGUUAUUGUGGUUACUUGUCCAACUGGUCAAAUAUCAUUGAAAUUUCCAGAAUAUUUUCAAGAACUUGUAAAUCAUAUGGUUGAGCCAAUAAUGUUUGUUGCUGUGUCUCUUGGACAUUGGUUAAGGAACGAACCUAUUGCAAGUCGACCAGAUACUACUGUGCCAGUUGAGUCAAUAGUUGAUCACAUGACUGCUAGUGAAGUGGACAAUCUUCGCACUCCAUUACUGAAAAUGAUUGACUUUGCCGGUCAGCGUGCAUACUAUGCUAUGCAUCAUAUUUUUCUAUCAGCUCAAGGCAUUUUUAUUCUUGUGUUUGAUUUUCGAAGAGCUUUGAGUGAUUUUGAAAGACAUAUGGAGAAACUGCAUUUUUGGAUUAGCUCAGUGUUGGCCAUUGGAAAGAAUGACAAUGCACGCAUCUUCUUUGUUGGAACUCAUCGUGAUGAUUCAAAUCUCAAUUUCCAUAAACGAGAGAUUGUAGUUCAGCAAAUGUUUGCAAAGUUUAUCAAGUUUCAUCCAUACAUUUGUUUUAAUCAAAAUGAACGAGAUGCUCAGCUGUCCCUUGUGUUUCAAAUUGAGAACAGUGCAUUGUCAGAUGAUCCAGCUGUGUGCUCACUUCGUAAACAGAUUAUUGAAGAAAUACGGCAAAAACAUGGAAGAAUGCAACAAAAUCCUAUUCGUUGGCUGGCAUUAGAAGAUCACAUUAUUUACCUUCGUAAUAAGGAUUUAUCAUCAGUAGUUCCAUUGAGUCAACUACAGGAUGAAGCAGAGAAAUGUGAUAUUAAAGGUGAAGAGUUUAGUCAGGCUCUUGGUUAUCUCAAUGAUUCUGGAGUUGUAUUUUAUUCAAAUGAGAGCAGUCUAAAGGAUUAUGUUAUUAUUGAUCCACAAGCAUUGAUCGAUGCUCUCAUUGCACUGUUGUCUAUUCCAGCUUUUCAGAAUCGUGGCGUACACUUCUCUGGCUGGCAUCAACUGGAGAAUGAUGGGAUUGCUUCAUAUGAAUUACUCAAACAUGCUUGGAGAAACCUUAGAGAUCCUAUUGAUGUUCUCAUCAAGUUUCUUGAGUAUUAUGGCAUUAUUUAUGACAUCACUUCUAAUCAGUCAGAGCGAAGUUUUGCAGUUAUAUCUUGUUUGCCGUGCAAACUACCUACUGAUGCUUGGACUGAGCUGAAUAAUGAAGAUGCUCACGAGAGAAAACGAAGGUCAAUCUAUGUCAGAUUUCAUAAUACAGCGGACCCACAUCAAGCCUUUUUCUAUGUACUUUUAACCAAAGCACGUUUGCAAGCAGAGUUGGCUUUGAAGGCACCUCAUCAUUUCAAAGUUCACUGGUCAAGGAAAGAAGGUGUCUUUGCUUUUCAUUUCCACACGUACAACAUUGUUGUGCCUUACAAACUGAAAUAUAAGCAGGGAAUGUUCAAACUAACCAUUCAAAGGUGUCGCUAUUUAAUUGAAGGAGCUGUACUACAAAGGCUAUGGGAGAUGUUAGAGGAGAUCAGAAUCAAGUUCUUUCUUUCAGCUCAAUUUGACGUUGGUCCUGCUUGUCCUUACUGCUCUCUUUCUCAUAAAGGAAGUAUGUCACAGUCUCUACUUCUUGUCGAACAGUGGGGGAGAGCUGCUCUUGAACGAGGCAGCAAACAUGUUCUUCCACUGGCCACAAGUGGACAGACAAUGGACACAACUGAUUCUACUGAAGAUGCUGUAAAGCAGUUUGAAAGAUGUCCAGCUCUGUAUUGUAAUACUCGUGAGGUGGCAUUAACUCACAGUAAUGUAGAAAGAUGGCUACAAAUAAGUCAAACACGACCAUUUGUGCAACGUGCAGCAUACAGAAUUUGGCAAGCCAAGAAUGCUGGUCCUUUGUAUUCUGGUGGAGGAGAAGUGGUUUCUGAUGACGUGCUUGAACUGAUUGCUGAUCAACUAAUGAACAGAGAGUGGCGCCGCCUGGCGAGAUGCUUACAGCUAUCAGAAAGUGACAUCAACGAGGUAGAAUGUAAAAAUCGGAGUAGUAAUUUGAGGGGCUGCUGCAGGGACAUAAUGAUGUUAUGGAAGAGCAAGCGACGCUCUGAUGCUCUCGGCUUUAUUAUGGCUGAAGCUCUGCACAAGGCCGACUUGCGUCAGUUGGCAGAACAAUACAUACAGUUGUAAAACAGAUAGACUAUGGAUAGACGGUAGAAACACACAAGUUGUAGAGUCAUGAAAUGUGGCAUGAUGUCUACGCUUCGUGCUUGGUGUAUUGAAGUGUUUGAUUAAUAAUGGAACACUGAAGGUUACAAUUGUUUGGAAGAGUUUGGCUUAAACAAAAGAUGUCUU